GAGAAAUAAUGGGGAUGAGAAACUUUUCACUAACUUCCAGGAUGGACAUGGUAAAGUGCGCUUCUCCUGUACGCAGAUCCCAACUGUAAAAAAAAUAGUGCAGAACACUCAGAAGUUGUCUAGCUUCAUCCUUUCUCCAGUGCCCUGCAUCUCUUGCAAGGGAGCAAAUUAAUAAGUCAGGAGUUAGGACCCAGAGAUAUGUUUUAGACUUACACGAUCUGACAGCUGACUGCAAAUCAAUGAAGUGCACUUUGAGAAGCAGCACACUCGGCGAGAGGGGUUGAGACUGUUUUAUUCCACUCCAGGUGUUGCUGUCCUCUUGGGUACCACUUUGGAUUUUGAACCCCUGUAUUUUCUUUUCAAAACACCUUUUUCCAAUGGAAAUGCUCUGUUGUUAAAAAGGAAGAAAUUGUCUUUCUGAAACUGACAUCACGAUGCUCACAGAUUUUAUGCUGGUUCUCAUCGUCCUUGGCAUCCCUUCCUCAGCCACUGCAGGGUUCAGUUCAAUUGCCGAAAAUGAAGACGCCCUCCUCAGACAUUUGUUCCAAGGUUAUCAGAAAUGGGUCCGCCCUGUAUUGCAUUCUAAUGACACCAUAAAAGUAUAUUUUGGAUUGAAAAUAUCCCAGCUCGUAGAUGUGGAUGAAAAGAAUCAGCUGAUGACGACCAAUGUGUGGCUCAAACAGAGAGGAGAUGGAAUGAGCUACUGCUUUGAUUGCAGCGCUGAUGGCCGUUUCGAAGGCUCCCUGAUGACCAAGGUCAUUGUGAAAUCCAACGGAACCGUUGUCUGGACUCCUCCCGCCAGCUACAAAAGCUCCUGCACCAUGGAUGUCACGUUUUUCCCGUUCGACCGGCAGAACUGCUCGAUGAAGUUUGGAUCCUGGACUUACGAUGGCACCAUGGUCGACCUCAUUUUGAUCAACGAAAAUGUUGACAGAAAAGACUUCUUCGACAAUGGAGAAUGGGAAAUACUGAAUGCAAAGGGGAUGAAGGGGAACAGAAGGGACGGAGUGUACUCCUAUCCCUUUAUCACCUAUUCCUUCGUCCUGAGACGCCUGCCUUUAUUCUAUACCCUCUUUCUCAUUAUCCCCUGCCUGGGGCUGUCUUUCCUAACAGUUCUUGUGUUCUAUUUACCUUCGGAUGAAGGAGAAAAACUUUCAUUAUCCACAUCGGUCUUGGUUUCUCUGACAGUUUUCCUUUUAGUGAUUGAAGAAAUCAUCCCAUCAUCUUCCAAAGUCAUUCCUCUCAUUGGAGAGUACCUGCUGUUCAUCAUGAUUUUCGUGACCCUGUCCAUCAUUGUUACCGUGUUUGUCAUUAACGUUCACCACAGAUCUUCUUCCACAUACCACCCCAUGGCCCCCUGGGUUAAGAGGCUCUUUCUGCAGAAACUUCCAAAGUUACUUUGCAUGAAAGACCACGUAGAUCGCUACUCGAUCCCAGAGAAAGAGGAGAGUCAACCAGUAGUGAAAGGCAAAGUCCCUGAAAAAAAGAAACAUAAACAGCUUAGUGAUGGAGAAAAAGUUCUGGUUGCUUUUUUGGAAAAAGCUGCUGAUUCCAUUAGGUACAUUUCAAGCCAUGUAAAGAAAGAACAUUUUAUCAGCCAGGUGGUACAAGACUGGAAAUUCGUCGCUCAAGUUCUAGACCGAAUCUUCCUGUGGCUCUUUCUGAUAGUGUCAGUUACAGGCUCGGUUCUGAUUUUUACCCCUGCUUUGAAGAUGUGGCUACAUAGUUACCAUUAGGAAUUUAAAAGACAUAAAGACUAGAUUACAAGUUAGAACUGACAUCUGACUGUCGCACAGACAGAAUCUAAAUGCACGAGCUUGUUCAACAAACCCCGAUCACAUAGUCUUCAUGGAAAUGGAACAUCUCCUCACCGGCGAAACACUAGUAAACGUGCUCAUUCGUGGUUGCCGUGAGAGUGAGCUGCUUUUAAGAAAAGUGGAACCUCCUCAGGCCCCUGCCUUGACUUUCCGGCACAUUCAGGGAAGGAUCAUAGGUCUGGGCUUGGCCUCAUAGCCAGAGUGCACAAAAAGGUGUUGCUACUUGGUGGACAAACACCUCCUGGAAGCCCCAGGCCUUGGUGGGGGGAGAGGAGAUCCACCUGGAGUUUAAGGCGGUUUCUGCAUUGAGCCAUCUGUGAGGGCAGAGCCUGGAUCUCCCACCUGCCCUGUCCUCCUGGGGCUCUGUUGUGCUUCUGUAGUGAUGGGCCAGGCAAAUCUCAACAAGGAUUUGGGGAUUACACUGGCAGGACAGCUGGCACUGCAAACUUAACAAUAACACAGAUUCCAAGAUGCUUGGCCUACUGAGGCAGGUUAUUCAUGGUUUAUUCACGGCAUGAUAAGACUUUCAGAUGGUGAAACUGGAGCCCACUGUGAGCUGUGACUUGCUUUGAGGUCAUGCAUACCAGAAUAACUCACAAUAGAAACAAAGUCCUUUGCUACCAGAAGUGCAUUCAUUAAUACUCAUUAUCUUUUCCUAGCAAACUAGGGUACAGA